CAUGAUUUCAUUAAUAAUGUUAAAACGCUCCGUCUAUCGGGUUUCUCUCUCUCACUUGCACUUUCUUCACUGGCUUCACUCCUUUCACAUUCACUCUCCGUCACUGUCUGAGCUCUGCUGCUCAGAUCCAGGUUUCGAAGUUGGGAGUAGAUGAUGGAGGAAAUACAAUCUCAGUCAGACAAUUAUAGGUCAUCUUCUUCAUCUGCUAGUAGUCCCACUAGCAGGGUGCCCUCAAGUAACUUUUUCUACUUGCGGAAACCUGGUUCUCUAAGACAACCGAUAUCAUUUGAGGAUUCACCAGAGUGGGAAGAUACUGAUGCUGAUGUAAGGGUGGAGGAAGGGGUUGACUCUGUCAAUGUUGCGACCAUGCCGGCAUCCCCAUCUCUCUCAAAGUUCAAUAGUGGAUCCUUCCCAUCACCACCCUUACCAGAGGGUGCUGUUGUGGCAAGAAAGAUCAUGGGGGCUUCGGUUGUAUGGAAAGACUUGACGAUUACAAUAAAGGGCAAAAGAAAGUACUCCGAUAAGGUUGUGAAAAGCUCUAAUGGUUAUGCAUUGCCGGGGACAAUGACGGUAAUCAUGGGUCCUGCCAAAUCGGGGAAAUCCACACUACUAAGAGCUAUUGCAGGUAGAUUACAUCAUUCAGCCAAAGUAUAUGGUGAUGUUUUCGUGAAUGGGGCAAAAUCACGGAUGCCUUAUGGGUCAUAUGGAUAUGUUGAGAGAGAAACUACUUUUAUUGGAUCCCUCACUGUGCGAGAGUUCCUCUACUACUCUGCGCUCCUUCAACUUCCUGGUUUCUUCUGUCAGAAGAAGAGUGUAGUAGAGGAUGCCAUCUGCGCUAUGUCUUUAAGUGCUUAUGCAAACAAACUGAUAGGUGGGCAUUGUCAUAUGAAGGGGCUUCCCAAUGGUGAGAGAAGACGUGUCAGCAUUGCUCGGGAACUUGUGAUGAGGCCGCAUAUCUUGUUUAUUGAUGAGCCUCUUUAUCACCUUGACAGUGUUUCUGCACUCUUGAUGAUGGUUACUCUGAAGAAACUUGCUAGCACUGGGUGCACUCUUAUCUUUACUAUCUACCAGAGCAGCACAGAAGUAUUUGGGCUCUUUGACCGCAUCUGUCUGCUUUCAAAUGGAAAUACCUUAUUCUUUGGAGAAACAUUGGCUUGCUUGCAGCACUUCUCAAAUGCUGGAUUUCCGUGUCCAAUCAUGCAAAGCCCUUCUGAUCACUUCUUACGCGCAAUAAAUACGGAUUUUGACAGGAUAAUUGCAAUGUGCAAAAAUUGGCAGGAUGAUCACGGGGAUUUCUCAUCGGUCAACAUGGAUACAGCUGUUGCAAUACGCACUCUUGAAGCAACCUAUAAAUCGUCAGCAGAUGCUGCAGCAGUUGAAACUAUGAUACUGAGACUCACAGAAAAGGAAGGUCCUCUUUUGAAAAGCAAGGGAAAGGCUGGCAGUGCUACACGUGUUGCAGUUUUGACUUGGCGAUCAUUAUUAAUUAUGUCAAGAGAGUGGAAAUACUACUGGCUUCGCCUUGUUCUUUUUAUGCUUCUCACACUCUGCAUUGGCACAGUAUUUUCCGGCUUGGAGCAUUCUUUGUCUUCGGUUGUGACAAGAGUUGCAGCAGUGUUUGUAUUUGUAUCAUUCACUUCGCUUCUCAGCAUUGCUGGAGUACCUGCACUUACGAGAGAAAUCAAGAUAUACGCGAGUGAAGAAUCGAAUCAGCAUUCAGGAGCAUUAGUCUUUUUACUGGGGCAACUUCUUUCUAGCAUCCCAUUCUUGUUUCUCAUCUCCAUUUCAUCAAGUCUUGUCUUCUAUUUCCUUAUUGGGUUGACAGAUGAGUUCAGCUUGUUGAUGUACCUCGUUUUGAAUUUCUUUGUCUGCCUCUUGGUAAAUGAAGGACUAAUGCUGGUUGUUACUUCUCUAUGGCAAGAUAUAUUUUGGAGUGUCUUGACAUUGGUUUCCAUACAUGUGGUAAUGAUGCUCUCUGCUGGUUAUUUUAGGAUUCGAAAUGCUUUGCCUGGCCCAGUGUGGACGUAUCCUGUAUCCUAUAUUGCUUUCCACACUUACUCCAUCCAAGGACUCUUGGAGAAUGAGUAUCUAGGGACUUCCUUUGCAGUUGGACAGGUAAGGACAAUAUCCGGAUAUCAGGCUCUCCGUAGUGCGUAUGACAUCUCUUCCGACAUUAACUCAAAGUGGAAGAACUUGUUGAUUUUGUUUGUUAUGGCAAUCGGGUAUCGUAUUCUGGUGUUUGUUGUGCUACGAUUCCGUUUUGUGAAAAAUGGACCUGUAGGUAAAUUUUGUCGGUGCAAUCAGAAUAGUGACAAUGCAGUAUGAUACGUAAAGAAUGCAGUAUGAUACGUAAAGAGUUGUACUGUCAUUUUUGUUCCUACACAAAACUGUAUAAAAUGCAUUUUCUUUUGUUCUACUUUUGCAACAUAAUUUAGAGACCCCUUUUGUUCUUCUAA